AUGAGCCUCAAACAAUUCCGCGCUUGGAUCACUUCCGGUGGCGAGGCGUUGAACAUAUACUCGCCCGUCUAUAACAAGCACACAAGUACAGCUUCUUGCUACAUUUUAGCCGAACCUGGUCAGCACUUCGCCGUCAACUGGGAGGACCUUGGUACUGGCAUUGACAGCGCCGCCUACAUCUUCCUGGACGGUUUUGCGGUGCCCGGGCGCUACUUGUUCGGCAAAGGGCUGGCGUGGCGUAACGGUGUGCGGGCGUCCAAAGACACCGAGAAGCCGUUCGCGUUCGGGACCGUGGAUGCUGAAGAACCGGUGGGCCAGGCCGGCAAGGUCGAUACCAAACGGCAUGGUCAGAUCGUUCUCAAGAUUCGGAGGAUCGUGCGCGUCGGCGGCCACGAGCUGAAUCCAAUCGUCUCUGUGCCUAAUCGCCCGCCUGGCGCGAAGAAGAAUAGCCUAUGUGUCAAACUUGGUCAGGAAAUGGAGACUUCGGCUCAGCCACCCGCUACCUGGAAGUUCAAACCCUAUGACGAGGAGAACCCGCAUGCCUACGUGACCUUCAUAUUCAAAUACCGAUCUCAGUCUUUCAUUGACGAAGAAGGGCUCGAUCCGAUAGAUGUGGAGGAGUCCGAAGAGGAGGAUGUUAAGCACAUGCCUCCUCCGUCGCGUAUGGCUACACGUAGCAACGGCCGCAAAGUUUCGCAGCGCGAGGUCAAGGAGUCUUCGCCCGAUACUUCUCAGGACUCUUCCGCCUCGAGGACAUCUGUCAAGCGCUCUCGCGUGAUCUCGACCAGCACGACGGAACCGCGCAAGUCGCAGCGUGUUGCCGAAGAGCAAGUUGCCUCCUCGAAUGACCCUCGCCACACGCCAGCUCCUGAGACCCCGCAAAACGGAUAUGAUGCUAUCUCCACACCCUCAAGCAACACCUUGCCCACAUUGUCGCUACCUCCUCCUACGGUCUCGCUUACUCAGCCGUCCAACAACCACUAUCGCCAGAACGUACCUCAUUACGGACCGGGUGCGGGCUCUUGGAACUACGCCAGUCUUGCUAGCAACUCUGCUCAGAACCCAAACCAGAAUUCUUACCCCAGUUCUACGCCGAGCGCACAGGGCUCGGCCCAAAGUCCCGCGAGUGCAGUAUCGCCCUCGGGUGUGCAAGCGAUCAUGGCUUCCAUUGGUCCUUACGCCACAGGGCACUACCGCUCGCGAUGA